UAUCAGAUUUUUUUUGUUUAUUUCCAGAAGAGUUUUUUUUAUUCUGAUAAAGAUCCAUUUUCUUGUACAGACACCCCUAUUUUCUUUAUAAUUAUUACACCCGACCUGUCUAUGUAACAGGCGCAUGAAAGCCAGAGAAUAAAUAUUUGAAUAAAAUCAUUCUCAUAUUCAGAUUUUUUGUUCUUGCGAUUAAAAGAAAUGUCAGUCGCUUUUUCAUCAACACGACCGAGAGGAAAAGGUGAAGUGACCCAACAGACCAUACAGAAGAUGCUGGAUGAAAACCACUAUCUGAUUCAGUGCAUUAUGGACUAUCAGAGCAAAGGAAAAACUGCAGAGUGCACACAGUAUCAGCAGAUUUUACACAGAAACCUGGUUUACUUGGCCACAAUCGCAGACUCCAACCAAAACAUGCAGUCCCUCUUACCUGCGCCUCCAAACCCCGGGAUGAGUAUGGGCGGAGGUGUGAUGGGAGGGAGCAGUGCAGGAGGAUCUCUACACUCUCAGAGUAACCUUAAUGACGGCAUGCCUUCUUCCUCACUAAUGCAGAGUCAGAUGAGUAAUGGACCGAGUCACACCCCCAUGCAGCAGCAGCAGCAGUCCGGCACUUCCACCUCGUCCAUGAGCUCCGGGUCGAGCUUCACUCAUUCAGUGCCCUCAUCUUUAUCGUCACAGGGCACAGCACUGUACCCGUCCUCCCGCACCAACCUCAACAUACAGGCCAGCCAAGUCUCUAUGAUGCAUCAACAAAGUUCAGGACCUCAUUACUCCUCUUCUGGAGGUCAGCAGUAUCAGGGGCAGCAGUCCAUGGGCAUGAUGGGACAAAGUAAUCAAGGCAACAGUAUGGUCUCACAGAGGCCUCUGUAUCGUCCUGCUCAGCAAGGAUCACAGUACAUGGGUCAGGAGGAGUUCUACGGAGAGCAGUACGGACACACUCCGAGCUCCAGCGAACCUAUAAAUCAGCAGUAUUACCCUGAUGGUCACAGUGAGUACUCAUAUCAGCAGUCUUCUUACGGAGAGCAGAGUUAUGAGAGAUCAUUUGAAGACUCAUCGCAGCACUAUUAUGAAGGCGGAAACUCUCAGUAUAGCCAACAGCAGUCACAAUAUCAGCAGAGCUCAGGUCAGCAGCAGACAUUCAACCAACAGCAGUACCAAUCACAGCCGGGAUACAGCAACCAAGGACAGGGUUACGGUCCAGGACAGGGAGCUCCAUCUCAGUACUCGCAGUAUCAGCAGGGUCAGAGUCAGCAGUAUUCCUCAUAUCGAUCCACACAGUCUACACCUGGCCCUCAAACACAGAGAUCUUAUACUUACGAACAGGGUCAGUAUGGAAACUACCAGCAGUAACGAUACGCUGCCAUGUUGACCAUACGGCAAACCAAUCAAAUGAACAGGAUCGCAAACGCCGCACUGUUCUGUCGUCCUGAUCAAUGAGAGAAUUGGUUUGUCCAAAAAUAUUCUAGCUUCCACCUUCUUAUGCAGAUUGAGAUCGGAAACCACUCUCACUGUCUGUCUAUUUAACAGUUAAAUAUCCCGGCUACUUUCUUUCACCUACCUCCUCUUCAUUUCUCACAGGGAUUUAGAGCUUCUAUCUCUGUACAGAGAUAAAGGUAUAUAUCAGACAGAAGAAAACCGACUAACAAAUUCUAACGAAUACAUUCAGUAUCUGUUUAUAUGAAGUGUGUAAAAUAAGUGUGUGAAAACAUUCCUAGUGUCCAUCAGAUGUUACGUGUUACAUGUUAAAGGUGCAGGAGUUUUCUAGUUUUGCGUACUGUUAGCAACAACUCGGUAUGGGUUUUUCUAUUUUUUCUCUAUUUAAUUCUUUCUAUUUUUAUAGCUGUUUUUACAGUUUACAAAAGAAGUAGUUUAAGAAGGUUUACCGAACCCAACAUUCUCCAACAAAUAGCAACAUUCACAAUCACACACCAAGCUCCACUAAACACCAGUAUUCUCCAACAUACAACCUUCAAAACCAAUACUAUUAAAUGGCAACAAUGCACCAAUAUCUAUCAAACACUAACAUUUACCAUCCAACACCAUUAAACACCAAUAUUUAC